UACAGCCACAAGCAGAAUGCGAUUAGACUAGGAAAUGAGAUCGAUAGUUAUGAGAUGCAAUCAGAAAUCCUAAAUCAAUUUAAAUAAAACAAACCUUAAAAGUAACCCUUAUGAGGGCUAUUACCAUGGACACUCGAGGUAUGUUCCUUAUUGGUCCAUCCCAAGAAGCAGACCGACCCAGAUAAAACCAAUUCCGUGGAAAAAGCCUUCAAUUGUGAAUAAAUACAAGGUCAAGACUCGGAACUUUUGGAAAUUUGAUCGCCAAAAAUACUUUGAGGACAAACAAAAAGAGAAAGAAAGGGAUAAGCUUCAUAAAUAAGCUGAUAAACAUUGUAAAAUAUAGAGGAAAACAAAAUUCUCGGAACGGGACAGGUCAGGGUAAUUCCAACACUUUUGACUACAAUAACAUGCAGAAAUUCCUUCGGAAGAAUAACUUGAUGAGAAACAAAGAAGAACAGCUUCUGAAAAGCCCACAACCAGUAAGAUCCAAACACAGAAUGUUCGGACCUUCGUCGAUGAGCAAGUUGUCUCAGCAAUUGAAGCCCACCUGGACUCCUGUAAAGAGCUAUUCUAGCAAGAAGCUAAAGGAGAUGGAAGACCUAUCUUAUAGCACACUAGAUGGUUGGAAGAAGAAACAGCAGCAAAGCUUAAGCAAAUCAAAUAUGAUAGAAAAUAACCUAGCAAUUGAGGUUUCACCAUCUGGUCCAAAUAUCAGUAUCGAAGAUAUUAGUCUCUCUCCACCAAAGAAGAGAGGAAGAUUGCAUGAGAUUUACUCAACAGAGCAUUUCUCAGCCUCACCAGUUCAAGAAAAAUCUAAUCAGGAGAAAAUGCAUUUAUUUCGAGAGUUUUCAGAUCAGAAAGUGAAGUUAAAGAAGCAAAUUGAAUAUAAUGAGGAAUUGAGGAAAUAUAUCGAAAUAAUACGGAAUAUUAAUUAGUAAGAAGAAUAGGGAUAAUUAGGAUGCUGAAUUUG